GCAGUGGCUGGAGCGCUUUCCUCUCUCCCUCUGCUUCCGUCGCCACCGCCGCCAUUUUUCUCUCGGGCGGAAGUGGGGUCUCUCAGGAUGGCACUGGGGCGAGGAGAGUUAGGGCAGAUUUUAAAGAAGAGUUGCCUUCCUGCGGUCUGUCAUUAUGUCCAGUCAUCUCUAAAAGCAGCGCAUGUUGAGUUUCUGUGCUCUUUUCAGUCCUUGGGAUUCUACAGACUGACUAGGGCCAACUCUACUGAACAAAGCGAAGCAAGCUUUCCCCUUCAUAGCUCCAAAGCAGACAGCAGCAAAGGCUCCGAGAAGCCCCUGAAAACUCCCACUAUUUCUCCUGUGGAUCAUGAGAGAUCAGCUGAUCUGGAUUGCUCCAAGCUAGGGAAAGUAGCAGAUUCAUUCUUGGACAUGGGUCUCAGUCCUGCUCAGGUAACCCACUUGUUCAGCUUGCAGCCCAAACUGCCACCGCAACCCAGAUUGACGGUAGUUUCAGAGCUGCUCCUCCUGGGUUUAAGCACUGAAGCCACACUGAGCGCCCUACAGAAGAACCCUGAAUUGCUAAGAAUGCCAGCAAAACAUCUGAGGGACCGUGCAAAUCUUUUGAGGAGGCUUGGCUUUCAGGAAGGUGGGCUCAACCACGUGGCACUCUGUUUUCCAAGUAUCUUCUCAUUGCCUCAAAAAAGGAUUGAAGCUCUAGAACGUCUCCUCAGAGAAAAAUGCCUCUUCACAGUGGACCAAGUGUCAACAAUUCUGCAGACAUGCCCAAAUAUGCUGCUAGAGGAGCUAAAUGAUGUGGAAUACAAAUUCCAGUUUGCAUAUUUUCGGAUGGGAGUUAAACAUAGAGAAAUAGUGAAAUCUAGUUUCUUCCAAGCAAAGCUUACUGAAAUAAGGAACCGGUUCAUCUUCUUGGAGCGCUUGGGACUCUAUCAAACUCCUGACAAGAAAGGACAAACUCAGAUUGUCAAUCCCAAACUGAAAAACAUAAUCAGGGCUUCUGAAAAUGACUUUGUGACUAAAAUAGCCUACUCUACAAUUGAGGAAUAUGAGAUAUUUAAGAAAUUACUGGCCCGUGAAGAAGAGCAGAAGUGGGAAGAUGAAGAGGCAGUGAAAAAUGAACGAUCAGAUUUGGAGAAUGAGGAUGAAGGGUUUGAUAUGAAUCAGGACAUGAAAUAAAGAUUCUUGUGUGUUCUAUUAUA